UAGUAGAAUCUAAAAGCUUCACGCUGGUUUAGGCGCAGAAAAUUCUGGUCCACACACCUCUAACAAGUCCAAUAUUUCCCCUCCACCUAUUUGCAUCAGUCCUCAAGUCUCCCUCUCUAAACCGUAACCAGAAAAGGAAAUCAUGUGGGCCGCUCCUCCACUCCGAACGCAAUUCCCCGCCAUGUGCCGCUUUCCUUCCGGCGUUCCAACACCAUCCACCACCACCACCAAUCCGGCGGCAAUUCGCCUUCCAAUCACCUUUCCGGUGCCAUUCACCGCCAAAAAACCGGCGGCGAUUCGCCUCUCAACCGGCGUUUCGAGGAAGUUUCAACUCUACAUGCACCUCGAUUUAGUUAAAUCACAAAUAAAGCACAGACGAGGAGGAGGAGCAAGAGAAGAACAAGUAGUAGAAAAGCGAGGAGAAUACUCGAAUGAGCAAAAGUGUGAACUCUACUCGCAACUUACAAACCUCAAUUUGCAUACUGAUUCGAACACGGUUACGGGCGAUAUAGUUAAAUCACAAAGAAAGAACAGACAACGAGCAGCAGGAGGAGAAGAACAAGUAGUAGAAAAGCAAGAAAAUAAACUGAGCGGAUUGGAUGUGUUGCGGGCGCUGGAAAAAGCGAAUGCUAAGAAGAUGAAGAAAAAGAGAAUGGGAAAAGACAGAAAAGUAAGUGGACAGGGAAGAAAGGGAACGCCAGGGGAUGAAGGUUUGCAGGAUUAUGGUAACAAAAAUAUGAGAGCUUUGAGCAUCAAAGAAGAUUGGGGAAAUCAUUUGGAUGAAUUGGAAAGAAGACUUGAAGAGCUUGUGGAUAAGUAUGUUGCUUGAAGAUGCACAAUUGGUAAUUACUAACAUGAUAACAUACAAAUUGAACAAUAGUACUAAUUCCUCAUUUCUCGCACCUUUUUUAUGGUUGUGUUUUUAGUGCUUUCUUCAUGUGCAAAAUCAUGUAAUUUGAUAUUUAGUGAUAAAUUAUAGUUAAGAUAUAAUAUAGGCUAUUUGAUAAA